AGAACUCAACCGAGCCUCACUGGAUUGAGGGCUGGGCUGACGCUUUUUAUGGAUGAACCAAUGCAGCUUCCCUGUUGGCUUUUACCAGACUGAGCUGGGCUGUUCUGGGCUAGAAUAGACUGAAUUAGUUCAGCUAAACUCUUGCUGGGCUCCAUUUCACUGGACUGUGCUGAGUUUGCCUGCAGGCCUGGGGGAGACGGGGCUGGAAUAGACGGAAUUCCCUUUUUUUUUUUUUUUUUGCAUCAUCCAGCCCUCCCUCUCUCCUUCUUCCAUCCUCCCCUCAUCUUCUCCCUUGCACUUUCACAGCAGACAUCCAGUGUUGCAGAGCAGACAAAGGCAGCAGCCCUCAGUGCUCCUGUUCAUCUGCUGGCUCCUUAAAAGACAGAAAGGGAGAAAGAGGACAGGGAUUUUUUUUGUCUCUUUUAUAUCUCCUGCUUUUGUAUAGAGGGAGCUGCUUGUGUGAGGAAUUACCAUCUUUUCAUGCAGAGGAUUUUUGGAUGUCUUUUUUUCUUUUUUACAGAUUCCUGAAUUUUGAGGAAAUCGUUGGACUCUGACAGAGAAGAAGAAUUUAUUAGCGCGCGUCUCGCUUUAUCUCUGAAAUAUCUUGGCUGCCUUUAUACUGCUCAUUCAUUUGGCCGGUGCUGGUGCAGGUGGUGGUGGUGGUGGUGAAGCCGGGGCAGGCAUGGCCCAGCAGGCAGGCAUGGGGGUGACCCACCAGGACACCCUGGCAGUGCCCCCCAUGCCCAAACACUCCGGCCUGAAUGAAGACCUGGUGAAGAUCCUCCGGGAGAACCUGCUGCAGCCGGAGAGGCCAAGAGGACACCGGCGGUCGCCCUCCUCCAUCUCCCCCCGCCUCUCUCCCCGCAACUCGCCGCGGCUGCUUCGCCGCAUGCUGCUCAACAACAACAUCCACAAACAGAGGCGCUUCACUGUCGCACACACAUGUUUCGACGUGGACAAUGGCACGUCAUCAGGUCGCAGCCCCCUGGACCCCAUGGCCAGCCCGGGCUCAGGCCUCAUCCUGCAGGCCAAUUUUGUCCACAGCCAACGGAGAGAGUCGUUCCUGUACCGCUCUGACAGUGACUACGACCUCUCACCCAAGUCUAUGUCCCGAAACUCCUCCAUUGCCAGUGACAUUCAUGGUGACGAUAUGAUUGUAACGCCAUUUGCACAGGUUCUCGCCAGCUUGAGAACUGUACGAAACAACUUUGGUGCAUUAACUAAUUUACAGCAAGACAGAGCAUCCAAUAAGAGAUCACCCAUGUGUAACCCACCACCCAUCACCAAGACCACCUUUACAGAGGAGGCCUACCAGAAACUGGCCACUGAGACCCUGGAGGAGCUGGACUGGUGUCUGGACCAGCUGGAGACGCUGCAGACGAGACACUCUGUCAGUGAGAUGGCCUCUAACAAGUUCAAGAGGAUGUUGAACAGGGAACUGACUCACCUAUCAGAGAUGAGCCGCUCUGGGAACCAGGUGUCUGAGUUCAUCUCCAGCACCUUCCUGGAUAAGCAACAUGAAGUGGAGAUGCCAUCACCUCAGACGCAGAAGGAGAAGGAGAAGAAGAACAAGCCCAUGUCUCAGAUCAGCGGGGUGAAAAAGCUGCAACACUCCUCCAGCCUCACAAACUCUAAUAUCCCUCGCUUCGGAGUCAAGUCCGAGACUGAGGAUGAACUCGCUAAGGAGCUGGAGCAUGUGAAUAAAUGGGGCCUUAAUGUUUUUAAAAUCUCAGAGUUUUCUGGGAAUCGGCCACUGACAGUCAUGAUGUACACGAUAUUCCAGGAGAGAGACUUGUUGAAAACGUUUAAAAUUCCACUUGACACCUUUAUAACAUACCUGAUGACCUUAGAAGACCAUUAUCAUGGCGAUGUGGCCUACCAUAACAACAUUCAUGCUGCUGACGUCACCCAGUCAACUCAUGUGCUGCUAUCCACCCCCGCCCUCGAGGCUGUGUUCACAGACCUUGAGGUCCUAGCUGCCAUCUUUGCCAGUGCAAUUCACGAUGUGGACCAUCCUGGUGUCUCCAACCAGUUCCUCAUCAACACCAAUUCGGAGCUAGCGCUGAUGUACAAUGACUCGUCGGUGUUGGAGAACCACCAUCUAGCAGUUGGUUUCAAGCUUCUACAAGAGGAGAACUGUGACAUCUUCCAAAACUUGACCAAAAAACAAAGACAAUCACUGCGAAAGAUGGUCAUUGACAUUGUGCUAGCAACAGACAUGUCCAAGCACAUGAAUCUACUGGCUGAUCUAAAAACUAUGGUGGAAACCAAGAAGGUUACCAGCUCGGGUGUCUUGCUGCUGGACAACUACUCUGACAGGAUUCAGGUUCUUCAGAACAUGGUGCACUGUGCAGAUCUAAGCAACCCCACUAAGCCUCUCCAGUUGUACCGGCAGUGGACGGACCGCAUCAUGGAGGAGUUUUUCAGCCAGGGAGACCGAGAGAGGGAGAGGGGCAUGGAGAUCAGCCCCAUGUGUGACAAACACAACGCCUCAGUAGAAAAGAGCCAGGUUGGUUUCAUAGACUAUAUCGUUCACCCUUUGUGGGAGACGUGGGCUGACCUGGUGCACCCGGACGCCCAGGACAUCCUGGACACGUUGGAAGACAACAGGGAGUGGUACCAAAGCACCAUCCCCCAAAGCCCCUCUCCUGCCUUGGACGAUCCCGAGGACGGCACUCGACCCCCAGGAGGGGACAAGUUCCAAUUUGAGCUUACCCUGGAGGAGGACGGCGAGUCGGACACUGAGAAAGACAGCGGCAGCCAGCCGGAGGAGGAAGACGAGGAGGAGGAGGAGGAAGACGAGGAAAACAGCUGUACUGACUCUAAAACACUUUGUACGCAGGACUCUGAAUCGACAGAGAUUCCUUUGGACGAACAGGUGGGGGAGGACGAAGAGGAGGAGGAGGAGGAGGAGGUAGCGGAGGAGGGGGAGACACCAUGCUCACAACCGUGUGUGGUGGAGGAAGAGGUAGCAGAGGAGGAGGAGGAGGAGGAGGAGGAGGAGGAGCAGAAGGAGGAGGAAACCCCCCACACAUAGCAGUGUAUGGACAGUACCUGAUUAACUGUUCUUCUUAGUAAUGACAGAUGAUUAUUUAUAGAAUAUUUUUUGGGUUUUGUGGAUUCUGUCUGUGUUUUUUAUACAUCUAUGUUUAUGGUUCCAAAGCGUGCACUGCUCUCCACCUUGGCCACUCCUCCUGUCAGCUUCGUUCAGACACGUCCACCGGUACUUCUUCAAGUUUUUUUGCACUCAGGAAAACUCCUCUCCAUUCCCGUUUAUACUGAAGUGGUGUGUCCUUAUUUCACUUUUACGCCUUCCCCCUUUACAAGCUUAAGUUUAGUACAUGACGAGCGUCUCUCAGCCUGCUCAGUGCUGUUCACACAAUACAUAAUACCCUCCCACCUCCCCACUUCGUCUCAGCCUUGCCUGAAAGUUUAGUGUUGUUUGUGUGUUUUAUCAAGUGCCCAUACUCUACAGAGACAGUUAUCUGUGUGUUCAAGGAGAAUCUCCCUCUCGGUUAGGUCAUUUUCUCCCCUCUACGAUUUAGGAGGCCGCCGUUCCACUCAACACCUGACGGGACGCCGCAGAGAUGAAAGCUGCAGCACACUGGGGAGCUUUUCGAGACACAUUUCAGAUGUGGAAGUCUUCCUUGAAAACCUGACUGAUACAAAGCUCAAAUCUAAACAGCCAUGAUGCUGUCCUAGACCUCUUUAAUUUUUGUAUCGUACUGUAUGUAAGAUUCAGAUAUUUUCUAGAUUUUACUUUUGCAAUCCUAGGCUUUCUUUUCUUUAGCGAAGAAGAUUAGAGUACUUUUGGGAACCAAUGGGGAGAAACAUGUCACAGAUAUUCAGUGUUUUGAAGGCGUAUCUUCACAGCUGAAUUACAUUAGGAGUGUUCUGAGGUGUUUGCACUUGCUCCAAUAGCAUUUAUACUACUAUUCCCAUGCCACUAUAUCCAUAUUUGGUUAGUUCUGUGAGUUGAAAUUUGGAUUUUAUUCAUAAUAACUAUAAUUUUUGUGAGAGUUUUCACUGAGAAAGAAGUAGUAACCUGAAGUCUUAUGCUUUACUCUCAUUGAAAUGGUUUGUGAUGUGGAUGAAGCCUUUAAAUUUUAUUAUUGUUGCCUGCAGUUCUUUUGAACACAUCCUGAGACAAUGCAAUGCUUUGUAGUUGAUACAAAAAGCACCUUUUUUUAGAAGCUUGAUUAGUGCUCAGAGUAUACAGAAAUAGUAAUGGUGUUAAAAAACUACUGGGGUGAUUUUAUACCAAUGUUCUGAAAGCUUUUAUUGUCUUAUUUUAUUUUAUUGCCUAUUUUGUUUGAUGUACGCAUCACCAACAGCUGCAUACCUGCUUGCUUUAAGCCACUUUAUUUUCUGUGAAGUGGUAUGAUUUUAUUUUUCAUGUUUCAUUUUGCCAUCACAACAUUGAACCCAGUUGCUGUCUUUGUUUUCGACAAGACAAUCAGCUCCGUUGCGUAGUCAUCAGAUAAGACUAUCCUCUACGUAGAUACUCUAAUGCACUGAUAUAUUCAUAUAUCACCACUUAAAUAUUUUUAAUAUGUUUAAACUCGCCAAAACACACUCUCAUGAAUACUUAGGUUUGAACAGUGCUGUCUUACUCCUGGGCCAAGACUCUCUACCUUUUCCCAUGUUUCUAUCAUUUUUCACUUUUCACCUGAUGCUAUUAUUUAUUGGUAUAUUUUUCUAUUUGUUGAGUCGUUUUUUUGCAAUAUAAAGGUGGUACAGUAAAUAUUUAACUGUAGCAUAGACCACAGUACAGGCUUGGCAGUUAAAAUACCCAAAUAUAGUUUUUUUCCUCUCUGUGUACAUAAAAUAUAGAAACAAAUGUAAAAAAACAAAAAAGAAAAAGAAAAAAACACUUGAAACACUGCACAUUGCUUUUUUUUUUAAGAGUGCUUCUUUUAAUUGUCAUUUCAAAACUUUUUAUUUAAUCUUUAAUUUUGUGCCAAUAUUUUUUUCUCUUUUUUUUUCAUCCUCACCCAAUGCCCUUACCUGUAAUAAAAUUUUCUGGUUUUAUCGCUGUUUACAAACAUAUAUUUAUUGUGCUGUAUAUAAUAUAUAAUUAUUAAUGUUAUUACUAUCAUAAUGCCGUUUGUUGUAAAUGGUUGAUUCUUAUCAUCCCUUUUGGUGAUGGUGUGGCUGUAUUACGUACCUCUUGUUGAGAGAAUGUUAAUUACACAUGAGCUUCAGUGUAAAAAUGAUCCAUCGACAUGUUGCUUAUCUGAGAAGUAGCUCAGUGAAGAGAGGUUGGAAAGCCAAAUUGUUUUUUAAAAAGAAACUGUUCCUUGGCCCAUGGGCUGUGCCUUAAAUUCAACGCAUGUCAUUUCCUUUUAGCCUUUUUUUUCUAUUUUAUUUUCUAGUUGUCUUUUGCUGCAUUAGUGAAUCUUCUGGCUUGGGUUGGCCUGAUCUCCUGUUGUGAAUUUGAAAAUGUUGCCUUUUUUACUAUCACAGCCAAACACAAGUUGCUCCAUCAAAAAUGUGGCUCCUAGUAGAAAAUAUGUUGUCAGUGGCGAAACUUGCAGGGAUUCAGGUCAACCACAAGCCACAGAUGUACUACUUGAGUGAUGUGUGGCCUAUAGCCGGAUGUCCAAGAGUCCUAUUUGCUGUAGACCUGGUCUGAACAACUCCACCUUCCUUACGCCCCGCCACUACGCUCAAAGAUGUGACACAACCGGCUGGAUGUAAACAAUACGGGAGUAACUUUGCAGAGUUACUGCAGUGUCGUCUCCAUCCACGUGGUUGUAUCACAGCUACAAACACUGAAUGGGGUGCAACAGGAGAGUGCAGUUGCUGCUCGACCACAGCCUACCAAGCACAGAGGCUUUGAGACACAUCUGCAUGUUCAGCCACUGCUGCAUUAAUUAUGGCUGAAACACUGACAGUGUGUUGCUUAUCUAUGCUCGGUCCACACUUCCACUCACAUUACUUGCAAUAUCCAAAACCACUGACAUCCUUCUGCCUGGAUAGGAGAAGGGUUUAGUAUAUUUCUGUAGUGGAUGGCGGGUGGGGGUGGGGCGGGAUGGGGGUUUGGGCGAGUGCAUCAUUGUCCCGAAACAGGGGCUCUUAUUUUGACACACAUACUGUAGAUUCUAAACAGCCCUGGACCAAUGGAAACAGUGGGUUCUUUUCUCAUUAUGUGUUCUAUUUUUUAUGGUAUGAAAGGAAAACACAAACUGUAACUUAAAAAAAGGUCUUCAGGACAAUUAUUUUUUUGGGUUAUGUCUUUAGAAUGCCAACUUGUCUGGAAGUUUCACAGGACAAUUAAAAUGUUAUUUUAAUGGAUUCCUUGUUUAUUGCAGUCUAUUGGAUAGCACUGUAGAUCAUACAACUUUAUGUAAAAAACAAACAAAAAGAAUGAAAAAAAAGUUUUUAUAUGCAAUGGAUUAAAUAAAAGCAUGGGUUGAUUCUGCCUA